GGGGGAUUGACAAAACAAAGGUUGAAAUACAACUCAAAAUGCCUAAGUGAAGGGGAUUCCUUUGUGCCACCUUCAUACCUCUCUGAAGAUGUUUCAGCUCAGAAUUCUUUGUGCACUGCUGUCCUUCAGCAUCGCCUUGGGGACAAGUAAUGUGUCUUCCUUUCAAGAACAUGGAGCAACAGGGCGUGGUUCCAGAAUAGUAGAGCAUAAAACUCAAUCUGACUGCAAAUCUGAUAAGGAUUGGCCAAUAUGUAUUGAUGACGAUUGGGGAACUAAAUGUCCCUCAGGUUGCAGGAUUCAAGGACUGGUAGAUGAAACAAAUUAUGAUUUUCAAAACAGGAUAGAAAAGAUUAAGAAGGCGAUUUUGGAUAACCAAAGUAGUUACAAGUCAUCCAAUAUUUUGAAACAAGAAAUUUUUAACUAUCUGGAAAGAUAUCUGCCCAGUGAACAAGAAUUAGAUAAGAGCUAUGGGCAAAUAUCUGAUGAUCUAAGAAGGAGAUUGGUGACACUGAAACAGAGAGUUGCUGAUAAAGUUGAGAGGAUUAAAACCUUGCAGAAUUCAAUCCAGAAUCAGGUUGGAGAGUUGAAACGUUUAGAGGUGGACAUUGAUAUUAAAAUACGUGCCUGCAAAGGAUCUUGUGCUCGUAUUUUCAAUUACAAUCUGGACACUGAGAGUUAUGGAAACAUACAGAAGCAGCUCGUACAAGUUAAUACCAUCAAAUUUGAAUCAGAAAAGGAAGCUGUUCCCCUCAAGUCACUGAAAAUAACACAAGUGAAGGAUUCUACUGCUCCCAGUCACUAUAAAUCUGGUCCUCUUACUGAUCAGGAAGCAAGUAUACUUGACAGUAUAAAGGUGUUUAAAGUAGUAUUGGAAGAUUCUAAAGGAUCCUUACCAGACAAAACAUAUGGUAUUCCUGGAACAGAGGUAGCUGGAAAACCAUCUACAAACAAAGCAAUAAUAAGACCAUCUACUGAUGUUCAUACCAGCCAUACAUGUAUCAGAACCAUCACUAAACAAGUCAUUCGUGGUCCUGAUGGCUUAAGAGAAGAGACAGUUGAAGAAUUUAAAACUCCUGAUGGUUCAGAUUGUUCUAAUUUGCAACCUUUCAUCAGUAGUGGAAGUGGGGGAAGUGGCUCUCAUGACUUUGUUCCCCAACAUCCAGAUGCAGAUUCCGGAACCCUAUCAUUCAGCCACACAAAAAAAGUACAGGAAGGGGAAACUUUCUCAGAAAUAGGGGAGGAAGACUUUGAUGACUUCUCAAGAUUAGACCGUUUGUCUCACGAAAGCAAUACCAAGACAAUUGUAGAGACCAAGUCAAGAAGAACCUAUGAAUCAAGUCAUAUUGUAGAAUUACAACAUGAUGAAAAUGCAGAGCGUAAUACAGAUUUAGAAGAACAAAGCUUGAAUGCAGAGGAGAAGCUUGGGAAAGGCAACAUCGGGAAAGGUAUCCAUCCAGUUCAUGGAAAAUAAUUGUGGAGGGAGCAAAAAUGAAGUUUGCAACCAAACUGACACAAAUACUGCAAUCCAUGACAUUGUUUAGUUAAUAAAAGCCAUGUGUCUGUUUGUUGCCAUUUAAGAAAGGUGGGGUAUAUUGAGUUUUUAUCAUGAAACAUUGGUUAGCAAGGCAGUUCCAUACAGAAUGCCAGUGGUAAUAAAUUUAAACAUAAGUGUUCCUUUCAGGUGGGGGUAUAAUGCAAAAUGUCUUUUCAUGUAGCACAACAUUGAGUGUAGACAGUUGACUUCAGCAAUAUUACUAUUGGAUACCUGAGAGCUUGUAAUAAAACUUAACUGAAAACUUCU